CCUACAUGCGAGCCUUCCGAAGGACGACCUCUGCAGCAAAAACUCGGCCGUGCAAGCUCAGCGUUGGUGGAAAACAGCCGGGCAUGGCGGCAGGCGGGACAGGUCCACCAUUGCCAUUGCCAGCUCCAGCAGUCUUCGCAUUCCCGCGUGUCAUCUCUCCUAACACGGUGUUAGGAGUCUUAAAAUCCGAUGUUACGAGUCUGCGGAGGCUGGUUCACCACAACCUUACAAACAGCUGCAGCAACAACGGCAUCUCAGAGCUCAUCACAGCUACAAGCAGCAGCAGAAGCAGCGGCGGCGGCAGCAGCAGGCGGCAGCAACAGCAUCUCAGCCUUCUGGCUGCACAGCUCAUCGAAGCUAAAUCCCAAAACCCUAGGUGGCAAAAAAUUGCCCCAAAGAGGGGGUAAGGUGACCUAGAGGUUUCGGCGUGAGGGGUUUCACGUGUGACUCUGGUGGUCAAUUUUUAAGGAGCAGUGGUAGCACUACUAGCCCACUGAUGGCACCGCGCAGUCCCUGGGCGAAGGCCCUGGUGAGGGAGCAUGCUUCAAGAGCAAUGGUGAAGAAGCGAUAUCGCAGGGAUGCCAGUAAUGACGACCAUCACUGCGACGGAGCUGCCGAGCACAGCGCUCACAGCAGACGCCUCAGGAUAUUCCGACCCUGUGCUUCAACGCCUGCAGCAGCAAUGCCGGCAGCAUCAAAGCCGGCAGCAGCAACGCCAGCAGCAGCCAUGCCCACAGAAGCAACGCCGGCAGCAGCCACGCCUCCAACAGCCAUUCCAUCGCCCUCUAGUGACAAGCCGAGCUGGGCGGCUUACAUUCGGAGCAAGGAGAUGAUGGGAAUCACCGUGCUGUCUGGGAAGCCGCUUCAACCCGGUGAUGCAGAAGAUCACUGGACGGAGGCUGAAGCUCCAUGUGGAUCAUGUGCGGGCAGGUCAAUGGAGGAGUGUGCGUGCAGGGAGAAGAAGUUUGUCUUAAGAUCUGUCAUUCCUGACCUGAACCAGCCCGCUGGUGAGGCUGAUGGCUUGAUGAGGUUCCAGGUCGUUAGAUCCUCGCGUGAAAGAGGCUCUCAAGUAGAGGUGUCCGGUUUCAGAGGGAUUGAUUUAGAAGUGAUGCGAAAGCUGGUCCCGUGUGGCAGCAGCAGCAGCAGCAGCAGCAGCAGCAGCAAGGUCGUCUCUGCCAGUAGCAGAGCAAUCAUUCAGAGGCUGAGACAAGGCAAAUGCUGAUACGAGAAAUCAUGGCGUUCAGGGAAAGGCGUUUUACAUGGCUCUAGUACCGCGUGCACUUGCAAAUCCUUGCACUUCCUUUGGGGCGUGCUUCCGAUGUGCGUGCGGUUGUUCCUUUCAGGGUAAAGCUGUGUGCGCAUGCGAGUGGGGCUGCAGGUAUGUGUGUGAGGCUGCAGGUAUGAGUGUGAGGCUGCAGGUAUGUGUGUGUGGCUGCAGGUAUGUGUGUGUUGCUGCAGCAGUGUGUGCAACGGAUGGCAAGGAUGUUCGUUCACAAGUGAGGCUUUAGUACAGCUAUCACUGGUGCGGCUCAGGCUACUGCAUUGGAGCCUGGGUUGUUUUUAUCAGGCUUUCUUUCUCAGAGAGUCUGUUUUUCGCACCUUUUUUUGCUUGUGUGUAGCAUCCAUGUCACAUACUGUGUUCUCCCGGGUAUAGGACCUGCUUUUUUUAAGACCCUGUGGGUCAUUUUUACGGGUUAGACUUCUACUAUGGUCGUUCACAGUACCCGGCAUUCUAUGAGCGUAUCAUAUGAGCUUAUCCUGGAUUAUCCAGUGGGUGAUUUAUCUCAGGUAUCAGACCAGGGCUGUCGUUCUCAGGGUAUUUUACCCUGAUUCCCUGAUUUUGCAGGGUAUUUUUUGGCCAACCCUUAAUUUUCA